AUGGCUACCGUGUCCGACCCCGGCGGCGAGCCCUCAGAAGGCGCCCCAAGGAUCACGAACACUAAGAAUUACAUCGUCGGCCUCGGCCUCCUCUUCGUCGUUGUCCUAUUAUGGACUGCAUCCAGUUUCUUGACGCAAGACAUGUAUGAUGACGGGUACCAGAAGCCAUUCCUAAUAACAUAUACCAACACCGCGUCAUUUGUAUUUUACUUGCUGCCAUAUAUCACACGAAGAUUAUGGGUUAAUCGGUGGGGUCUGUCCAAGUCCGCAAGGUCAACCAUAGUUUAUCAGCCGCUGGAGCAAGAGCUUGAUAUCGAUGCAGAGCCCGCAGUGGAGCUGAUAGCUCCAAUUGAUCAGGUCGAUAGACCGCUAACCGUGAAGGAGACCGCAAAGAUGGCCCUCGGAUUCUGCUUCCUGUGGUUUAUUGCGAACUGGGCUUUGAACGCUGCUCUGGCAUAUACCAGCGUUGCAAGUGCAACAAUUCUGUCUGGCACGAGUGGGAUAUUUACUCUUGCCGUUGGACGUAUGUUCCGCGUGGAAACCCUAACGUUGGUAAAGAUUGGAGCUGUGCUUACUGCUUUUGUUGGUGUGAUCCUUGUUGCUAUUUCUGAUGGGUCUCCCGACGACCAGCCAGAUGCAAUAGGGUCGUCAAUAAUUUACAAGGUGGCUACUUCGUUGCCAGUUUUGGGAGAUUUCUUGGCUUUGUUGUCGGCCGUGUUUUAUGCGCUUUAUGUUGUCUUCCUCAAGGUUCAGAUUAGGGAGGAGUCGAGAAUUGACAUGCAACUGUUCUUUGGGUUUGUGGGAUUGUUCAACAUAGUCCUAUCCUGGCCCAUGGGUGUCAUCCUGCAUCUGGUUGGAAUAGAGCGCUUUGAGAUACCCGCUACUCGUAAUGCUGUCGUUAUUAUUCUGUUGAAUAUGGCUAUCACUUUAUCGAGCGACUACCUUUACGUUAUUGCGAUGCUGAAGACCACACCUCUAGUGGUGACAGUCGGUCUCGGUCUCACUAUUCCAGUCGCGGUCAUUGGGGACUCCUUCCUUGGUAAGCCUGCCGCAGCGCAAGUAUUGGCAGGCGCCCUCCUGGUUGUUGUAGCCUUUAUUGCAGUCGGUGUCGAGAACGCAAAGCCAAGCGGGGGCCGUGACCUCCUUUCUGGGGAUUUCGUGGACGAUGCUCGCGCCCAGCAGUCCCAGGUUCGGCUUGAGCACGAGGAUCCCCUUGAAUGA